AUGGAACAAGGGAGAACAAUUCAUUCUUUAUUACUAAAAUCUGGACUUUUUCAGGAUAGAUUUGUUGAAAGUUCUCUAAUUGACAUCUAUUGUAAAUGUGAAAAGAUAGGCGAUGCAAAGAAAACAUUCAGCAGUAUGUCUACAGACAAUUUAGCUGCUUGGAAUGCCAUGAUGAUGGGAUAUGCACAACAUGGUUGUUGUCGAGAAGUUUUCAAGAGUUUUGAUGAAAUGCUCAAAUUUGUAGUAGAACCAGAUGAGAUAACUUAUCUCAAACAUUAUGCCUGCAUGGUUGAUAUGCUUGGUCGAGUGGGACUUCUUGAAGAUGCAAAGGAGAUGAUAGAUCAUAUGCCCAUUCAACAUGACAUUCAUUUAUGGCGAAUUCUUCUUUCAGCAUGCAACAUCCACAGACAUGUUGACUUGCAGCUAGUAAAACUUCUGGAGCUGCAACCUGAAAAUGAAUCUGUUUAUAUUCCUCUAUCAAAUCUGUAUGCUUCUGCUGGCAUGUGGAAUGUUGUUGGAAAAUUGAGAAAAGAGAUGAAAGAAAAAGUACUACGCAAAGAACCGGGUUCUAGCUGGAUUCAAGUAGGAGGAACAAUCCACAACUUUUUUGUCGAUGACAUCUCACAUCCUCAAAACAAAGAAAUUUACAUGGAAUUUGGAAGGCUAUAUGGACAAAUGUUAGCUUUGCCGGAGUUGAAACAAAAUGGCGGUUUUCUAUGA